AUGUCUCAAAGAAAUCCAAAACUUGAAAGAAGUGAUUCUAACCUCAGUACUACAUCCACUCCUUCAUCAUUGGAGGAUAUUUACAAGGCAAAGAAGAAUUUACCUUUCAAAACUAUAAAUUUAAGCGCUGUAAAUAGAGUUGAACAAAUAUCGAGUAGAGGAGGUUUUGGACCAACACCAGAAAUUGAGACUCCUGAUUUUGCUGCCCUAAGAAUUAAAACACCAACAGCACAACUGGGUAGACCUACUGAAAAAAUUGAUUUAAAUUUCCCUAAAUUAAGCUCGAGAAAAACACCACGAUCUGCUAGGGAAGAAAGUUUCAUAUCACUAAAUUCUAGUGAGAUCAAAACAUCAACACCCAUAAUUUCCCCAAAGAAAAAUAGAUCAGCAACAGCAAUUGGACAUUCGAAUGAAAAAAAGGAUUGGUUUUCUGAGGAAAAGAGAAUAGACAAUUCUCUGAGUGAAUUAACAAAAUAUGAGAAUUAUAAAUUUCAACGAUGGAAUAGAAAUCUUGAGGCUGUCCCAAUUGAGCAACCUGCUGAUAAUGUAUUAAUGAGAAUUGACAAUGAUGAAGAGAUCACUCCUUUUCUUACAGAACUAACAUCAAGAAACAGACAAAUACAGAGGAGGACACCCCUUGGCAGGCAUACUCCAACAGCAAACGAGGAAGACAGCGCAGAGAGUAUUAUCAAAAAUAAGCAAGCAAGAUACAGAUCAUUUCUCAAUAAUAGAACAUCAAGUUUAGCUGAAUCAAAAAACCAAAGACCGAGUACAUCCUUUGAAAUGUACAAGAAGCAAUUGUUGGAUGCGGAAGAAAAAUUUGAUGCCUUGGACACAAGUUGGGCUGAAUUUGGAAUGACUUCUACAUCUUCAUUUCUGAAAAAAAUUCAAACCCUAGACGUGAAAAAGAGUUCCAUGAAAGAAAUAGAGGACGAUCUAAAACGAAAAAUUAAAGAAUUCAAGGAAAAUGCCAAUAAGAAAGACCUUCAAAACCAUAUUAAGGAAAUUAAAAUUCUCAAAAUGAAAAGAAGAAAAGAGAUGAAACAAGUCUACAAAAAAGACCUUAUUUCAGAGAAUAAGUUUAUUGCAGCAUCACUUACCAAGGAAGCUAAAGAUGAAAAGAGAGACCUCUUUUCAAGGCAACGAGAAGAAAGAAUUAAACAGGCUCGAGAACAAAAAUUACACAAUUUACUGGAGAAGAGGGCUCGUACAGAAGACAUGAUCAAGGAUCGAGAAAUGAGGGAAGAAAUCAGAAAUCAACAGCUCAAAAAAAUUUCUCUUCAUACUUCAUGGAAAACUAUAGUUACGAUUAUUAACUCAUUGUACAUAAUUAAAGAAAAGAUUAAGCUCUCAUACGAAGAACGAGAAAGAAAGAAGGAAACAAUCGAGGAAGCCCCAAUGUUGGACGUUCAAGAUGCAGACUAUGAAAAAAAGAGACAAUAUUUCAAUUUACUUUUUCGUGAAAAAUACCAAAAUACUCUGGAUCGUAUUAAAGAACUUAUUGGUAAUGGUGUGAGAAGAUGGAGGGAGCAAAAGAAAUAUGAAUCAAUUCUGUUGAUAGCCAAAUUUUUGACUGACUUGGCAGAGACGUAUAGAAUUCCUUUGGCUGUUUCUAAAUUCAAAAAUGCUGUAAUCAAGGUACAAAGAGCUUACAGAAGCUACUUGCAAAUGAAGUCAUCCCAAAAGUUAUUGCAUUUUCUUCAACUUGAAAAGUUUAUUCAGAGAAGAGUGGAAAGAAUCGAGAGAGAAAUCUCCAAACUGUAUAACGGUAAAAAGGGAACGAAACCUCAAGAGGUUAAUAGCCAAACUCUUAACAAAAUGAUGAGUUCAGCAACUUUAGGCGUUCAAAAUUCGAAAGUACUCUUCGAUUUAGUUGCCCAAAAAGAGGAAAUUAAGAAAAUACCGAAAGAAUUGAAAGAAGAGGUUGUAAAUAGAUACUAUAACGAGAGAAGAUCUGAGCAUUUCAGAAAAUUAAGACUCUUCGAAAAGGAGACAAUGUCAAUGAAAAAAGCCUCCGUGUUUUCAGACUUUAGGCCAAAACAAAGUUUCACUCUUUCUAAAAAUGAAUUACAAUCCCUUUUCGAUGAAUGCUACAGACGAACGAGAGAAGAUAUUCAACGAAGAGAACGAUCUCACCUUGGUGGUAUCAGAACUGAGUCUAAGAUGAAAUUAAACCCAGAGGCCCAAAAAUCAUCAAACCAGCUAUUCAAACUAGCAAGAACAGCAACUAGAAUAGCUGUUGGCUUUAAGAACAUGUCAAAACCGUCAGAAACUCAUCUUACAUCACCUAAACCAGUACAAUUUACAGAAAAUUAA